AUGUAAUGUGUUUCUCCUGCACCCUCAACCAAACAAGAUGUGCUUGAAUUAUAAGAUAAAUUAGAUAAAUGGUUAUAAUAAAGAUAGGCGAGAGAGACUGGUCUAUGUCCAAUUAGAGAGGAGUUAUACUCAUAAUGUUUUGAUGAAUUAAUAAGACAAAUUACAAUUAAUUGUGCAGAAAGAGGUAUGCUCUUAGUAACAGUCAGAAAUGAAGUAAGAAUGGUUAUUCAAACUUAUUAAACAUUAUAUGCAUCAAGUAUAGCAUUUGGAAUGAGAAAAUUUUUAUCAGAAGAAGAAAAAAAAGUAUUCAAAAAAUAUUAAAUUAGGCUGAAUAUAGAUUAAGAAUUAAAUAAUUAGAAUAGGAGUGUUCAGAAUUACAUAGACAAGUUGAAUCUUUAGAAUAAAAAUUGUUGGAUACAAAAUAGUAAGAUGAAAUUAAAAGAUAAUAAACUAAAGAAGCACAUGCAGAUAUUGUAUCAUAAUUAAAGGCUGAUAUAAAAGCUAAAGUAAAUGGCGAUCUUGAAAAAAUACUCACUGGAUAAAAAAAAUUACCUGAUAAGAAAUGA